CUUACUUGGGUAUUGGAGUUCAGAAGGCACAACAUGAACAUGGACGUACUGAGUGACGCGCAGAUUGCCGCGCUGAAUCAAGCCAAGUGCGGUAUCCGCAUCGAGAACGAAAAGUACAUCCGCGCCCACCCAGAACUCGACGGCAUCAUCCGCGCACUCGUCAAAGGUGUUCUCAAGGAUCGGCCGACCAACGUCACCGCAUAUGCGUAUCAUUUCUUCCAGCGGGACGUCGCCACGCUCACCGCCGCCAUCUCCGCCACUUCCCAUCCCACGACCUCCACCACUACGUAGCCCCCCCCCAAAUCCAUCGUGCCAGGAAUUCUUUAAAGCCGACGGAUCAUCAUUCUGAUCGAAUAGACCAUCAUUUCGUUUGAAUAGACCAUCAUUUCUUAUUUCAAUCAA